UCUCUCGCUGUAUUUCCGGUCUCCUCGGCCAGCCUGCUGACGUCACCGUCGGUCCCAGUAUAAACACGGGCGGCCCGGAGCGCCGUGUUAAUGAGCAGCUUCAGGCCUCUAAACGAGUCGAGUUGUCCGGAAACAAACGGCCCGAGCCGGAGGAGCUUGCGGGGUCCCCCUCGGGGCUGGCGCUCAGUCCGGGACUGUAGGACAUGUUUGGCUGGAGCUGCGCAGAUAACGGUCCGAACCAGAGCAGUGAUUUCCCGCUACAUUACCGACAGUAACGGACACUCCCCCGCCCGGGGUUCGGGACAGCACACGCCGCUUUGUGUAGGUGUUACAUAGAAAAGAAGCGCCAUGGAGUUUCAGCGGAGCCUCUCCCAGUGCUCGGACACGGUGAGGUAACGGGAGCGGGACGGGGUUGCCUCACACACACACACAUCAGACAGCGGCAACCUGUUGCUGGUUGCCGGUGACGCAGAGAGGAUGAGCGGGACUGCCGGGCUGCUGCCGCCGCUGCUGCUGCUACUGCUCAGCGGCCGUGCUGCGUUCAUCGUCUGCCGGUCCCUGAACGCACCGCAGGAUGUGGGGAGUCUGCCUCUGGACGGACAGACGGACGGUACCGACAGUCUGACAGCCACGGUGACAGGUGUGGACAGACGCCAACGCCCGCUGCUGGCAAAAACUCGCCCCUUCGUUCUGGUGGACGGGCGGAGACGGAGCCUCGCGGAAGCUUUCCGGGAUGGCCACCCUGACCGGCUGCAGUGUGGGCUGGAGGUGGGAGGAAGACUCUUCCUGCUGGAGCUGGAGAAGAACCACGACCUGCUGCCCAAACCACCAAACGUCUUCUACUACCUCCCCAACGGUACCGGAGUGUCUGUAACGGCCAACCCUGUGACUCACUGUUAUUACCACGGCAGCGUCAGAGGAUUCCCCCAGUCCAGAGUGGCUGUGAGCACCUGCUCGGGACUCCGUGGCAUCAUCGCCCUGAACUCCACCCUGAGCUUUGAGCUGCAACCACAGGAGGAGCACCACCAUCACCACCACCAGACGAGUGAGGAAGAGGAGGAGGAGGGUGCAGGAGGAGAGAGCGGAGGAGGAGGCAGAAAUGGAGGAAGUGGAGGAGGAGGUGAUGAUGAUGAAGGAGGAGGAGUCCACCUGCUGUUCUCCACCACCCCCCUGGAGGGUGACGCUGCAGGAGGCUGCGGAGUGUCUCACACCUCCGUCCCCCCCAUCCACAGCUCCACACACACACACAGGACAAAGAGAGACAUCCUGUCUGAGACCAAAUACAUCGAACUGGUGCUGGUGGCCGAUCACCAGGAGUUUCUGAAUUACCAGAAGAACAAUAACACCAUCAUCUACCGCAUGCUGGACGUGGCCAACCAGGUGGACUGGUUCUACCGUCCCCUGAACGUCCGCGUGGCGCUGACGGGUCUGGAGAUCUGGAGCGACCGCGACAAGAUCCGGGUGGAGAAGAGCCCGACCGACACCCUAAACAACUUCCUGGAGUGGCGGACCAGAGACCUGCUGCCACGCCUUCGCCAUGACAACGCCCAGCUCGUCAUGGGCGGGUCCUUUGACGGCACCACAGUGGGGAUGGCGUCUCAGUCAUCCAUGUGCUCCAGAGACAGGUCGGGCGGAGUCAACGUGGAUCACCUGGUCAGUGUUCUGGGCGUGGCUUCAACUGUUGCUCACGAGCUAGGUCACAACCUCGGGAUGAGCCACGACACUGCGGAGCGCCACUGCUCCUGCCAGAACGAGCCGCGGCUCGGGGCUGCAUCAUGGAGCCCUCAACCGGGUCAGUUCAUGCCGGGUCAGCAGUUCAGCAGCUGCAGUGCUGCAGAUCUGUCCGUCAGCCUGCUGCACGGCGGCGGUAUGUGUCUGUUCAACGUGCCGCAGCCGGAGCAUCUGCUGGGAGGACCUCGCUGUGGAAACCUCUACGUGGAGAAAGGAGAGGCGUGUGACUGCGGCCUGCUGGAGGAGUGUGAGGACCCGUGCUGUAACGCCUCCACCUGUCAGCUGGUUCCUGGAGCUCAGUGCUCAUCUGAUGGUAUCUGCUGCCAGGACUGUAAGCUGCGAGCGGCGGGUUCGGUGUGUCGUGAGCCUCUUGGGGAAUGUGACCUCCCUGAGUAUUGCACAGGCUCCUCCCCCUACUGCCCCCCCAAUGUAUUUCUGCAGAAUGGGGAACCCUGUGAGGAGGGCGCCUCCUACUGCUAUGGAGGAGUCUGCGCCAGCAUGCACAGCCAGUGCCAGACGCUGUGGGGACCCAAUGCCACCAGCGCUCCCGCCGUCUGUUUCUCGUCUGUGAACAAAAAGGGAAACAAAUAUGGAAACUGUGGUCAGCUGACCAACGGCUCCUACAUCCCCUGCAGGAACUCGGACGUUCACUGCGGUCGGAUCCAGUGUCAGGGUGGGAGGGACCGCCCCCUGCUGGGCACCAACGCAGAGAUCCUCACCACCAGGGUCCACUUCAACAACAGCGACCUGGUCUGCAGAGGCACCUUCUUCCACCUGGGUGACGACGUGUCCGACCCCGCCACCGUGGCCCACGGCACCGCAUGCAGCCACGGCAAGGCCUGUUUGAACCAGAAGUGUCAGGAUGUGUCAGUGUUCGGUGUGGACGAGUGUCGCAGGAAAUGCAACGGCCACGGGGUGUGUAACAGCAACAGGAACUGUCACUGCGAGGUGGGCUGGGCUCCACCUGACUGCAGGUACUCGGGUCAUGGCGGUAGCGUGGACAGCGGCCCAGCCCGAGCGGCUCGAGAAUCGGAUCCCGUCCGAGUCGCCCUGCUUGUCAUCUUCCUCUUCAUCCUGCCAGUGGUCCUCCUCUUCCUCGCUCUCCGGUUCCCUGGUUUCCGUCGGCGUCUCUUCUGCCUGGGACCGAACAGCCCAUUUCAUAAAGCUCGACAGCACAACCGGACUCCGGCGAUGGAGCGAGUGGACGGCAGGAACGGAGAGCAGGUCCGCCCUCUCAGAUACCACCUGAACCCUCAGACGGACAUCCCGCUGACCCCGCCCCAAAAAGAGGUUCAUGACAGACCUGCUCCUCCCACUAAGCCACUCCCCCCAGACCCCGCUCUAAAACCUCCACCGCAGCAGCUGGUGAGUCGACCAGCUCCGCCCAACAAGCCUCUCCCCCCUGACCCCAUCACACCUGGACAGGUUUCUGUUCCACUCAAACCUCUAGUCCCAAAAAAGCCCCGCCCUCCAGCCAUGCCGUCCAACCCCUAUCUUCCGCCACACCCCGUCUACAACUCCAACACUAAACCGCCGCCGCACGGGGCAGUCGCACCUGCUGCUGCCGGACCCAACAGACGGCCUCCUCUUCCUCCGCUGCGACCCGCCGUCCCUCUGAAGGUGGAGUCCUCUCCUCCACUCUGACCCGCCGGGUCACCUUUGACUGAUCACAGAGCAGCUGAAGGUGGAGACGAUGGAGAUGAUGGAGACUCACUGUCACCGGAUUUCAUCCUCACGAGUAUUAAUAAGCGCUGCUGUAUCUCUGGAGUUCAGUGCCUUGCUCAGCAGCACCUCGGCAGCGGUUAAUGUGGAUGUUUGGGUGAUGUCACGUUCAUUCAGUGCCUUGCUUAAAGACCCUCGCACCGACCUAUGAUUAGUGGUUUCCAAACUGUGGUCCGCGGCCCAUCUGCAGACGUUUUGGUUCUUUUCUUUUUUUUUUUAAGACGUUUUUAGUGAAACUUUGUUUUUUUCCGCUGGAAUAAACGCGUAUCCGACCGGACUGACUUCCUGACUGCUCCAGGAUCUUCUGAUCAACAAAGACUUGGAUGAAUGUUCAAGUGGGCAGCAGGAGAUGAGAUUUGUUACAUUUUAUUUUCUGUUACAGAGAAAACUGACUUUUCCACUAUGCUCGGAAUAUUUUUAUGAAGAUUCCCACACACAGGCUCGAGUUACUAUUGGACAACAUCCUCGCUCUUAUUUUGAAAGCUGCACUGCUGCUGACCCGAGCCCAGCUUGUUUCCCUACAGACGCCGUCUCUGGUGAUGACUCUGUGCUCCUCCCUCUCCUGGGAUGCACAGUAAGCUGGACGAGCGACCAAUCACGCCCUGCAGCAGGUGUACAGGAAGCGCAAUCACCAGCUGAGCUCCGCCACAGUCAAAGGAGAGGCGGCUGCUGACAGCUCCUCCUGGCACAGAGUGGGCACAGAACAGCGGUCCGGUUCGUUAUGAUCCGUGCGUGACUUCCUGCCUCACGGAUGCCGCAUAUGCAGCCUCACUGUGCAGGAAACGCCGCUGUCAGGAAGAGCGACUGUGAAUAAAGCUGUAACGCUGCUAACUGUUCUGACUUUAUUCUGAAAAUAUCUCCCUCCUAACUUUCACGUAUUCACAGGAAUAAAGUAAGACGAGGUUUUUGGCCGUCAUCACUUUGAUCUCAGAGCUUCAGCUUUAUUUUCCAAAUGUCACAAUAAAAGAUCACGACUUUAUUACCAUGCUGUUACGUAAUGUCAGUGUGCUUUUGGUUUGUUAAGGUUUCUACUGUAAAAACGCUCCUCUGAUGACUUUAUUGUGAAAAUCUCGGACGGUUUUGUCCUUUGUUCUUUUCUUAAAUGUUCGCCACACCCCUCUCGCCUUCGCCCACGUGUUUCUACACCUGCUGCCUGUUUAAUUUUGCUGGAUGGUGUUUGUUUUGUUUGUUUGUUUUUCUGAACCCGCCUUGAGAUCAGAGACAGCAGGAAUGUGCGCCGAUAGUUUGUAACGUGACACCAAAGAAACGCCGGGAGACUAAAGCGAUGAAGAUUCAGAAGAAGGUUGACGUGAGCUGCUAAAGGAGCAGUUCGCAGUUUAACCGUCGCCUCGUUGCCUUCUCGCUCGCAGCUGUGUGACGUGCUUUAAUUUAAAGACAUCUGAGAAAACGUGACUGUUGCCUUUUUAUAGUUUCUGUCUUCGGAGGUGGACCGAGCGGUCCCCAGUCACCCCGAGAGGGCUGGGGGUUGAUUCCUGGCCAGCCUGUGUGCCUGGUAUUAGAUUAAACU